GAGUGCAUUUUCGUCGCUGAUUGGCGGCGAGAAUCAAAACGGUGGCCCCGCCCAUCAUACGUUACAUGCGGAAGCGAGCGACGUCUGUUUUCUGUUGUUUAUCUGAACUCCUCCGUGGUCACUCACCACCGCGAAAAGAAGGGCCAGUAGUCUUCAUGGAGACCAAAACCUGGUCCUACUGAGGCAGAACCGUAUUACCGAAGAACUGGGUCGCUCAUGAAAAGCCUUCAGGCUGAGGGGAGAAGAUCGAACACUUUCUCUUCGAUGAUGGACAGUUAGUUUCUCAGAACCUCAAUGGAAGCUCCAGUCACAGCUGCCCCUUCUCCCAACUCCACUCUGCCUCCCCCGGUUCCUCUUCAUCCAGCUGUUGCCCCUUCGGUCCAGCUCGGCUUCACCAUCCUCUACACCACACUGUAUGCUGCCCUCUUCCUGGUGGUGUACAUCCAGCUCUGGCUUCUCUACCUUUACAGACACAAAAGAUGGAGCUACCAGAGUGUUUUCCUGUCCCUCUGCCUCCUCUGGUCUGCCCUCCGCACCACAUUGUUCUCCUUCUACUUCUAUAAUGCACUGGAGGCCAACCACCUGCCUGUUGCAGUCUACUGGCUGCUCUACUGCUUCCCUGUUUGUCUGCAGUUUUUCACUCUCAGCCUCAUUAACCUGUAUUUUACUCAGGUGUUGCUCAAAGUGAGAGAGAUUUCCAGUUCAGCGGGGGGCAGAAAACUGUGGCUGGCACGUUGCAUGUAUGGUGCAGUGAAUGCUGUCUUUCUCUGUGUCAACGUGGUUUGUGCGACUCUCGGGGACCGAAACCGUAGCGAGUCAGUGGAGUGGACCUGGAAUCUGGUGUUGGUUCGAGUCAUAAUCAAUGACUUACUCUUUAUCCUGGAUGCAGUGUUACUGGCCGCUUUGCUGAUGCUCCUGACAAGACACUCACACUCCACCAGCCCAUAUCUGAUCAACAAGGGGACCACCGUGUGCCGAACAGCAGCUCUGGGAGCAGCAGUGAUCUUGUUGUUUGCCAGUCGAGCCUGCUACAACCUGACAGUCCUCUUCCUGUCCCAGAGCCAUGAGGUGGAGUCGUUCGACUUUGACUGGUACAAUAUCUCUGACCAGGCUGACUUGCGUAAUGAAUUGGGCGACAAAGGCUACCUAGCCUUCGGUGCCAUUCUACUCAUAUGGGAACUGCUCCCGACCAGUCUGCUGAUCCUUAUCUUCAGGGUUCGCCAGCCUGCUCAGGAGACCAGCAGCAUAGUCAUCAAUAACAGGGCCCUACCUCGUCCAUACUUCUUUGACGACCCUCAAGCAAGUGAUGACGAUGCACCUGUUCCAUGGGCACGCAGUUCACAUUUACAGACAAGUUGGUAUGGGGCAGAGAGUGCUCCUCUCCUGUUUGCCACCAACCCUCCAGACCGGAACUACCAGCACCACUCGUUCUACUCCACCCCCCAAAACUGAACCCGACUCCUUACCCUGAUGUGGAUUGUUGUAUUAAUCUCAAGGACAUAAUACACACAGAGGUAGCAGUCAGUAGUACUCCCCCUCUAUGAGCACUCUUUGCACAAAAACCUCAGGGAAUCAGCAGCAGUGAAGGUGCGCCUUGUACUUGUGGAACUAAGAACAAGGGAACAAGAAAUGGACCAGACAUGAAUAAAUGACCAAAGGUGAAGCUGAGAUUUAGCCACACAUUUGUCUUUAAAAUGUCUCGUUGUUGCUAAACAAUGGUUAACUAGUUCUUAAAUCUAUAAAUGGCACAUUCAGCUUCAUUAGCAUUCCCCAAUAAAUGUAUACAAGUAGUUGAUAAGCUGGCAGCAGGUGAUAACCACUGAAGGCAGGCGGUGUUCCACAACUCGGUUUAAAGUAAUUUUCCCCUGACAUUGUUUUAAGUGUAUUGAAAACAUACUUUCAUACUAACGUUCAAAUAGUUUAAUAUUGUUGCUUAUCGCUUUGCAGCCAAAUAGUAGCUCUACAGUGUCAGAAGAUUCUUUAUGUCUGAGAUUUUAAAUUAAUAAUUCCAACAAUGCUCAACAGGAUCCUGAUGUUUAAUCUUUGACACAUGUAAUGCUACAGGUAUUUUCUUCCUUCCUUUUUAAAAAAAAAAAAAAAAAUUAUUAAUAGUGAUCGUCUGAUGUUUUUUCAGGUUGUAUGGCAUAUUUGAAGUGUAAUCACUUAUUUUUUAUUUUGAUUCUUUGUACAAUUGUAUAGUGAUUAAAGUUUAACUUAUUUUAUAACAAUGAUGCUUUUAAUUGUAGCAAAAAAGGUGAGUCUCUCACCUGUGACUUUGACAACACACAAAGGAAGAAUAUUAAAAAAAACAUGUUAAAAUUGAA